AUGCGGCAAAAAUCCACCAACGAAAUCGAAAAUACCCAGAACCGCCCGACAAGAAGGUACAGCAUGAACAGUACCUGGAAUUCUCCGACCCAAAGAUCAUCCUAUUCCUGGUCUUUCUCACGGGAGAUGCUCGAGUAUGGGUCACGACAAUUCCUGCGAGAUACAUGGUCUAGACAAGCAGUGGGGGAUGAAAUUCAUCCGGGAGGCAUGAUCAUCUCUUCCGAGCGUGACGCUUUCACUGCCAAAGUCAGCAAGCUCUUCCUCCUGCACACUUCUCUACUUCAUAUCCACCAUCAAAUCAACACCACCAAUCCUCAUCAUCAAAGCCCAAGAAACAUCCACUUCCAGCCACCUGCAAAAUCCAAACCGCAUCCCCAGCCCAGCUUAAAGAAAAAGGUAUUUCCAUACCACCAGCAACGAUAG